AUGAGGAUGACUCGGAAGCCUUCGAAUCUUAUGGAAGCACGGAUGUGGAGAGCAUAUCAUGAAAGGCGACGGCCGAGCUCCGCUGUCGUCGUGCAUACGAAAGGACCUUCCCUGCCUGCGAAAACCUGGCUGCAAGUCUUCGACGAGCUUGCGCGGGGGGGUGAUUAUGACGCAAUAGCAGCAUGCGCUGACGUGUGCAGGGUCUUUGCGGAGUGCAGUGGGCGAUACAUCAAGGAAAGCGGGUUCUGUCGGAUGUUGCUGUUCGGGGACGAGGGAGAUGUUUAUCGUGCGCGCAAAAAAUUUCGAAGCAGGGGGCUGAUGGCCUGGCCAAGGGUGAAUUCGGUCUCUAUUAGGGGAAGAGGGAACACAAAAGCGAUCCCGCACAUAGAAUCGUUCGCGUCGUUCUUCGCAACUGGCAAUUGGGUCCGCAUCGACGAGAUGACCAUCGAAUGGGCGUCGUGGCCGUCAUUGCUACGGGCCCCCGAUGCCGCCGUCGUCAAGGAUUUUUCCUGCUUUGCCAGGAUCUCCAACCUCAUCCUGGAUCAUGUCACGUUUCCAUCCAUCAUCACAUUUGGCGCCCUCGUCUCGGCUCUGCCACGCCUCGAAAUGCUCAUUCUCCGCGAUGUCAAGCUCUCCGGAUCCUCAUUUCUAUUCGACCCUCGCACGCUUUCCGAUUUUCGCCUGCUACCAUCGCCCAAGAACCUGCAGUAUAUCGUUCUGGGUGCCAUGCCCGAUGACGGCGAUUAUGUCCUCAAUCCUUCUGCGUGGCCGUACUAUACAGAACUUCUUGCUUUCAUGGCCGCCGUGGGCAACCCCUGUCGCGGAUCCCCUCGCGUUUACCCAUGGGGCUCGGUCCGCGUCUUGCGACUCGACGAGAAUAUCUGGUGGAAAUUCUCCUCCUCCUCCAUUGCCCGGCUCCUGCGCGCACUUCCAUCACUUGAGCUCUUCGAUUUUGCAACUGCAGAUAGAAUCCUUGCGGACCUUGAGAUUACAGGAAUCGACAGUACGGUAUAUCCCUGCCUACAAGAGGCCGAUACGUUGGUGACCACCGCCAUCAAUGAAUUGGUUCAGCAUGCGGGACCGUCACUCGACGACCUUGGCCUUAUUCUUGAAGGCUACAGAUACGGCGAAUAUUAUCCACCAGAUCAGCAUAAUUCAAUUUAUGCUUACUGUCAAUGUGAUCUCUUUGUAAACACAAACCCCACAUCCUUUCGCAUUUAUGGCUGCGAUGCAUCCUGCCUUGGCGUGCGCGAGAUUCUGUCCCACGUCACAUCGAGAUGCGUCUCUUCCCUCAUCAUCUGUUUCAAACGGUUGGAACGGAGUGACCGGGGAGCGUUGAGCGAGGGCCUUUCGCGAUUGGACACCGUGCUUCUACUUCCUGUCUUCGACAAUCUCGUGCACGUGCUGAUAUCUGUGGAAGUUCCUUCCACUCUGCUUGUGGAAGAGAUGACAGAGUGGGCGCACUCGAUGAAGUCAUGCCUGGCUAGACUCCACGAACAGGGAAUGGUAGGGAUUGAAUUACAUGAUAAAGACUCCCAGGGCCGUGCCAGCCACCAUGUCAGGCUUGGAUUGAUUUGGGAUGACGACAUAGAGCAUUGGAGACGUUAUGAUAGCAGGAUGGACCAGAAUGGCAAUGUGGAAAUCGUCGAGGUUCCUGCUUUUGAGGGUGGUGCACCUUCUGAAGCAAUGGCGGCAUACACAACGUGGAGGCACAGACAAGAGGCGACUGGCAAUCAACCCCAGAGCCAGAGUAGCAGGCAUCCCCCCCCUCGGCGAUGGAGAACGGAGGUCACAGCGCGUGGUCGUGCAUACGAACUAGAGGUGCGAGGCGUCAAGGGGAUUAUUAAGAACAGAGGCGUUCGGGUCAUGCGUCGUCUAUUUCAUGAUAUCGAUGCUCGGCUCGAAUUCCUGCCGUGGCGUAAACCCAAAGCCAGAGUUGCAUCCCCCCCUUCAGCGGUGGAUGACGGUACGCACCAAUUCAAUGCGAUGCAGCCGGAUGCUCAUGCGUUCGGGGUCACAGCACGCGGCGGGGCAUACGAAGUGAAGGCGCGAGGCAUCAACGGGGUUCGAGGCAUAGGCGUAAAGGCCGUAGUGCACAGUCAACACAUAUCUGUAGCAUCGAAUGCAGAGGGGAACAUCGGGUGCGCAUUGUUCCACUUUGUCAGUAGGAUCCUUGGUGUUGGUGAUCGCGUCCUAGCGCCAGACGCGCCGUCCAUUGUUCGCGUGCGAGACGUAUAUGCUAGGCGGCCACGCAUCCCGUUGGACCACUCGAGAUGUCGGGGUGCGCUGCGUGAACCGCAACAUACGGGGUAUAUUCCUGUGAACCUGAACCGCGGGUGGGAAUCGGUUGGAACGAAUAGAGCUUGGCCGGAGGACCAAAUCUUCAGGCCGGUCGCGGACGAACCUCAAGGGAGUCACACAGAAUGUGUGCUGGGAAUCUCUGAGAAGAGCUCUCUCGACAAGGACCAUGAUGCGGGUAAACGACGACAUGACCCAACGUCCGCAUUCCAUUUAUCAUUCACAAGAGGGUUGCCACGGAACGUCGUGCAGUACCUGAACGCAUCGGCUAACAGAGAGAUGUCGAAGGUGAAUGUCAUGUCGCGACAGACACGAGGAGCGCGGCAGCGCACAUGCUAUCACGGCGCGACCGCCCGCAGAAUUGAUGGUACGCGACCCGAAGUCGAGCGAGGGAAACCGGUCGCGUUCCCUCCAGUCUUAAACUCUAACGACGGCAAUCCUGUUAUGCAAAGUCAUAAGUCAGCGCCCCUUCUGUUCGUUGAAGGACACGCAGUCUGCCUGAUACAGAGGCUACACGAGAAGAACGCCAAGUCUCCAUCGUUCACGCCGAGGGAGGCGCUGGCGUUGCCGCCGCUCCGGGCCAACCCCGAUCUGAUCCGCCUCGAUCGCCAGCUUGGUGACGUCACGUUCCCGCCCAUUGUCACGCUCAGCGCCCUCGUCUCUGCUCACGAUGUUCCAGCUUUGCGACGUCCAGCUCCCCAGAUCUACUCAUCUAUUGUAGUCGCGUUGGCAGCAUGGUCUGACUGCUUGCGCUUGCUACUCUGUGUACGCAUAAUGCCCUGCUUGCUGCCUGAAACCCGACCCCAUUAUUUUGAUAUCUCGGCGAACGCGAACCUUCAAUCUAUCAAAUUAGGUACUACCCCUUGGUCAAAACGGAGACCGCUUUUUCUCAGUGGAACGUUUUGGGACACGAAAGAUAUGGCCGAAAACACGAUGAUGGGGACACCGACAUUCCUACUGUACGGAGGAAUCUCGCUGAGCAAGUAUGAAGCGAAUACAGCCUCGCCACUGUCUUCAACCCGGGAAUUGUUCUCUUGCGACCGUCAUGCUGUGCACGCAUUCCGACACCGGUAUGUCCCCGCUCCUGGAUUCUAUCUCAUCUCUAUGGCUCCGGCUGCAGAUUCUAAAUGCUACAUCACACUCGACGCAUAA